AUGGAAGUUGAUUCGAUGGAAAUGUUCUCAAGGUCCAUCGAGAAAUUUGGAGUAAUGUAUAGUAAUUACAUUGGCGACGGCGACACCAAAACAUUUCUUGGCAUCCUGAACAGUGAUCCAUACGGCGACGAGUGCACAGUGACCAAAAACGAGUACGUGGGACAUGUACAAAAGCGCCUGGGUACUCGUCUCCGUAACAAGAGAAAAGAACAGAAGCUCGGUGGAAAGAAGCGGCUCACCGAGGCUUUGAUAAAAAAAUUAACAAUUUAUUACGGUCUGGCGAUUCGAAGAAACUUGAAUUCUGUAGAAGAUAUGAGAAAUGCAAUAAUGGCGACACUUGAUCAUUAUUGCUCUACAGAUAAAUUACCUCGCCACGAUAAAUGCCCGGAAGGCGUUGAAAGCUGGUGUGAGUGGCGCAAAGCUGAAGCGUCAAACACCCUGACUGCUUUUAAACAUCCACCACGUGUAAUUGACGAACAUGUCGAGAAGCACAUUCGUCCUGUGUACGAGGAAUUAUCUAAGAACGAUCUGCUAACGAGAUGUUUAGGUGGACACACACAAAAUGCGAACGAGUCGUUCAAUUCCACUGUGUGGCGCAUCGUACCUAAACAUCUUAACUCAGGCUUUAAAAUCGUCGAGAUUGCUGCUUACAUCGCUGGAGGAAUUUUCAAUGAAGGCUACAGUGCAGCAUUGAAAACCAUGCAAUUGCUAGAUUUAAAAAUUGGACAGCAAUGCAACAAAUUCGCCAAGGGAGCCGACAAGGAGCGCGUCACCCGACAAAACAGGCGCGAUUCAUUUGAAAGUAAAGAGGCCAGAACGGCCCGCAGACUCAAACAUCAGGGCGAAAACCAGUUUUUUGAAGAGUCUGAAGGGCAACUGUAUGGACCAGGAAUCGCUGAUUAG